AUGGGGAUGCAGGGGUGUCCAGGUCCCAGAGGCUGCAGGGGGCCGUCCAGAGUCGAAUUUGGGGAGAGAGAUGGGGGGGUCCAGGGCUGGAGCGGGGCGUCUGGAGCUGAAUUCGGGGAGUCCCCAAAGGUGGCUCGUGUCCCCGCUGAUUCGGUGACACCCGGCAACCGUUUCGGAGUCCCCGAGGGCUACUUGUGUCCCCGCUGGUGGGUGACGAGGCCGGAGCGCUGGCGGUGGCUCCCCGAGAUCCCCGCGGGGACGGGCAGAGGCAGCGGCAAGGCGAAGGAGGGGGAGCGCGCCGUGUACUGCUCUGUGCACAAGCACGAGCCGCUGGUGCUCUUCUGCGACACGUGUGACACACUCACCUGCCGUGACUGCCAGCUCAAUGCGCACAAGGACCACCAGCUGGUUUUGGUUUUGCUCUCAGACUGGUUAAAUUUUCCUGCCACCCUGCAGCCCCCCCCCAAGGAAGGGCGCAGCUUCAUCCGCCAGGUGACGGACGUGCAGAAGCGGGUGCAGGUGGACGUGAAGAUGGCCAUCCUCCAGAUCAUGAAGGAGCUCAACAAGCGUGGCAAGGUGCUGGUGAGCGAUGCCCAGAGGGUGACGGAGGGGCAGCAGGAGAAGCUGGAGCGGCAGCACUGGGCCAUGACCAAGCUGCAGCGGCACCAGGAGCACAUCCUCCGCUUCACCUCCUGGGCCCUGGAGAGUGACAACAGCACCGCUCUGCUGCUCUCCAAGAAGCUGGCAUGGAGGACAGGGGACAGGGCCACCGUGUCCCCGUCAUUGUCCCUGGCUAGUGGGACUCCAUCCCAGGAGGUCUCCCAGCUGGGAGGAACACAAUUUUGGGGCUUGGGGGGGCUGCCUGGGCCCCCUCAAGGUGCCCUGACAACCUCAUUAUACAGGAGAAAACACCUUAAUCCUCCUGGGGAGGAGGAGAAGUUCGUUAAGAAGCUGCUCAUUAAGCGGGCGCCGCAGCCCCCCGUCUUCCGUGUCUUCCCCGGCACCUCGGCCGAGGACUUCAGCCUCAUUGUCAUCGAGCGGGGGGCGCAGCCGCGGCCCCCCAUCCCCCUCCCCGUCAAGGUGGGUGAGGAGCAGCAGGAGGCGGCCAUCAGGGACACCCAGGACACCAAGCCGGUGGGGCUGCUUCCCGAGCACCCCGGGGUGCUGGGACACCCCGGAUCCUCGUUGGGGCUGGGAUCUGCCCCCCCGGGAGCCCCCUCCGGUCCCGGGGUCUCCUGUUGCCGCGUCUGCUGUCAGGCCGGUGCCGUGGUGAUGUGUGACCGUUGCGAGCGCUGCUACCACCUCGACUGUCACCUCCCCGCCCUCCAGGAGGUCCCCAGGUAUGCCUGGGAUCCGCUGGGGAGCCUGGGAUCAGCUGCCCCUGGUCACCUCCCCGGGCUCCACUGGUUUCCCGUCCCUGAGGGUCGCUGCUCCGUCAUCCCCGUCCUCAGUCCACCUGGGGACCUACACAGCAACCCCGAUGCCCUGGGGAUCUACUGCCCUGAUCCAUGGGAAGAGUCGCGCAUCGAUCUUGGAUCAGUCGGGACCUCUUUGAUCGCUGGGGAGCUG